UGGAGUGAGGGUGGGGUUCCCUUGGGGGUGGAAUGCCUGGGGCACAGAUGGAGCAGGCCAAAUCUUUGGGCCUGGCAUAGGAUUGGGCCUCUUUCCUGCCGGAGUCCUGGCAUCGCCCCCAGCUUCCUGGUGCAGACUCCUGAGUCUUCCUCACUCCCUAUGCAGUCUCCCUUGCAGAAAGCAGGAACCCAGCGCCAGUUGGACCUCUUCCCGCUCAGCUUCAGUCUUGUCCCUGGGUGCCCGCAGGGAUUACCCCUUUGGUCAGGCAGCCGCUUUUAUUGGUGAGGGGACUACAUCUCCCAGCUGCCCCGGGCGGGAACUUCCUGACGCAGCACCCCACCCACCCACCCCGCCCCCGGCCCCCAAACCCGCGGGGAUGUGCGGGCCGACUGGGGGAGGUGACUUGAUGUCAUCGUGAGCAGCUGGGCGGCGGGUGCCGGUGCGCACAGAGCCGGGGCUCCUGUGGUGCUGCGCGGGUUGGGUGCCACGACUUGAGGAGAGGUCUGCGCGCUGCCCCGGCCAGCCCAGAGCCCGUCGCGCGCCCGCGCCCCGACGCGGGGCUGAGUUGGGUGCACGCUCCGGCCCCCCCGGAGCCAGAGAGAGAACCCAGGAGCGCCGCCGCCCAGCGCCAGCGCCCUGAACCGGACCGCGGCUCGGGAGCCCUGAACAGCUGCUCCCUCCCCACCGGCAGCCCCUGGAGGGUCGGCGACCAAAGUCUGGGCAUCUGAGAAGUGAGUGGCCCCCCCUCGAGAGGCAGAUGAGAUCUGGGAGCGAGGAAGGAGAAACUGAGGCGGGGGGAGGCUGCGGGUCGUGGAGGGGCAGGGGGAUGGGACCCUCAUUCUUGGGGAAGUCCCUGGUGACUGGAUUAGUGGAGCAGAAACGGGGGCCCCAUUCUGUUAGGGGCCAGGGAUGAGGAACGAGGUCCCCGUUCCAGGUAAGGUCUGGCUGGCGGGAGAGGCCCUAUUUCGAGAUGGGUUGUUUUGGAGUCUGGGGCCUUUCAGUCAGGGAGAAGGGAGGGCCCUGUCUCCUGUGGGAGAGGGCUGCACCUCUCUUUAGGGUCUGGGCCAGGGUAGGAGGGAAAGAAGACUUGGGCGCUCCGCCGCAGCCCCACAGGCUGUCCUGAAAGAACUGACAGGCUUUCUCUGUCUCUUUCUUGCUGACCUCUCUGCCCUGACUUCUUUUUUAAAAGAGCCAGGGUGGGAACCCUAACUGGACUCUUCCGACCCUCAGGAAGGACCUGAGACCUGAGCCAUCCUCCUCUCUACCGUGCUUGCCCCCCAGGACUGGGCAGUUGCCAGAGGCCCUGGGGGGGGGGCCAGGACUGUGCUGUGCUCCUCCCCACCGCACAGGAUGGGCCCAAGUUAGUCAGCCCAGCCUCACGCAGCAUCCUGCAGGCCCAGAGGGAAGCUCAGGGGCUCUGAAGGCUUGGCCCACCGCCUGACCGCCAUGGAGACGAAGCUGCCCCCCGCGAGCACCCCCGGCAGCCCCUCGUCCCCAGGGCUGUCCCCGGUGCCCCCACCCGACAAGGUGGACGGCUUCUCCCGCCGUUCCCUCCGCAGGGCCCGGCCCCGGCGGUCCCACAGCUCCUCUCAAUUCCGCUAUCAGAGCAACCAGCAGGAACUCAUCCCACUGCCCCUGCUCAAAGAUGUGCCAGCCUCUGAGCUGCAUGAGCUGCUGAGCCGGAAGCUGGCCCAGUGUGGGGUGAUGUUUGACUUCUUGGACUGUGUGGCCGACCUGAAGGGGAAGGAGGUGAAGCGGGCGGCGCUCAAUGAGCUGGUGGAGUGUGUGGGGAGCACUCGGGGGGUCCUCAUUGAGCCUGUCUACCCAGACAUCAUCCGCAUGAUCUCAGUGAAUAUCUUCCGGACGCUGCCGCCCAGUGAGAACCCUGAAUUUGACCCUGAAGAGGAUGAGCCCAACCUUGAGCCUUCAUGGCCACAUCUUCAGCUGGUAUACGAGUUUUUCCUGCGUUUCUUGGAGAGCCCAGACUUCCAGCCCUCCGUGGCCAAGAGAUAUGUGGAUCAAAAGUUUGUCCUGAUGCUCCUGGAGCUAUUUGAUAGCGAGGACCCUCGGGAGCGUGAGUACCUCAAGACCAUCUUGCACAGGGUCUAUGGAAAGUUCCUGGGGCUCCGGGCCUACAUCCGCAAACAGUGCAGCCAUAUCUUCCUCCGGUUCAUCUAUGAACUCGAGCACUUCAAUGGCGUGGCUGAGCUGCUGGAGAUCUUAGGAAGCAUCAUCAACGGCUUUGCGCUGCCCCUGAAGACCGAGCACAAGCAGUUUCUGGUUCGAGUCCUGAUUCCCCUGCACUCUGUCAAGUCGCUGUCUGUCUUUCACGCCCAGCUGGCAUACUGUGUGGUACAGUUCCUGGAGAAGGAUGCCACUUUGACAGAGCAUGUGAUCCGGGGGCUGCUCAAAUACUGGCCAAAAACCUGUACCCAGAAGGAGGUGAUGUUUCUGGGGGAGAUGGAAGAGAUUCUGGAUGUCAUUGAGCCCUCCCAGUUCGUGAAGAUCCAGGAGCCCCUCUUCAAGCAGGUGGCUCGCUGUGUGUCCAGCCCCCAUUUCCAGGUUGCAGAGCGGGCUCUGUAUUUCUGGAACAAUGAGUAUAUCCUGAGCCUCAUUGAGGACAACUGCCAUACUGUGCUGCCUGCUGUGUUUGGGACCCUCUACCAAGUCUCCAAGGAGCACUGGAAUCAAACCAUUGUGUCUCUGAUCUACAAUGUGCUCAAGACCUUCAUGGAGAUGAAUGGGAAGCUGUUUGAUGAGCUCACAGCCUCCUACAAGCUGGAAAAGCAGCAUGCUGGGGCAUCCGAGCCCAGUUAUCCCCUGCAUCCUCCAAUUAUCCUCCCAAGUACUUCUUCCAGGGAACAGCAGAAGGCCCAGGAACGUCAGGAGCUGUGGCAAGGCCUGGAGGAGCUACGGCUACGCCGGUUACAGGGGACCCAGGGGGCCAAAGAGGCCCCGCUCCAGCGGCUUACACCCCAGGUGGCCACCGGUGGAGGUCAGAGCUAAAGAUCCCCAGAAGGGGAGGAGCUAAACCCAGAGCUGUCAGUCCCUCCAUCCUCCCUCCUGCCCAGGGGUCCAGAGAGAUACACACCUACUCCUGGCCUUGCCAGAGGGGGCUCGGAGGGCUUCCUGCCUGGCCCAGCCUGGGCAGUUUCCACUGGGGGGAGAGGAGGAGAUGGGGGUCCGGGCAACAGAACUCUCAGGCCGUCCUGGCAGGACUUGACCAGGGCAAGCUUGACCAGGAAGCUGCCAUCAGGGAUCUGCCUCUGCCCCACAAAGCUGGGCUACAGACUGCAGGCAGGUUCCCACCCCCUGCUCCCAGCCUAGGGCAAGGGGACUCGGCCCCUCACCUGCCCCACCUUGUGCCAGCGGGAGGUCCUUCCUCACCCCACCAUGGGAUCCAUGGUCUAUUUAUUCUCCCCCAGCUCACCUGCAACACAGACAUUAUCCUGGGCCUGGGGCACCCUCCUUCCUUCCCUCCCCUCCCUUGCCCUGUACAUCCUUGUCCCCUUUUUAUUUAUUGGGCAGGGGGAGGGGUGAGGGCACAGGCAGAAGAUUCCCUGUGUCCUGGGGCAAGGGUGGGUGGUCACAGUAACCAUGGUCUGUUCCCCUUUCCCUGGCUGGGGGUAGAUUUAAUAAAGAGAGAAACUCA